AUGGGCAAAGCACCGACAAGGAAACAACAAGAGUUGCACCUGUUAAAUUGUCAGGCGAGAUGGCCGGCCAGUGAGAUCCAUCACGGGGCCACAACAUGGCUGGUAUCUGGAAUAUCAUUGGAGGAGGUACAAGUUGCCCUCCUGAUUGAUGUGAAGAAACUGGGAAAAUGGCCAACUGAUGUUCAGAAAUUGGCCAUAGCUUGGUGCUGUGACAGACUGCAGGGUCAAAUAGAUGAAUUUGUCAGGGUGGCAAUGACAUUUCUUGGUGAUGAAAUAGAUGACCAUGACCAGUUGGACCUCAUGACCAUGAUGUUGGAUGCUGCAGAAUUAGAUUCUGCAGGGUCAUCUGAUGAUGAUCCCAAUCAGCUGGACAAUGGAGACCGAUAUGAUAUGCCAGUUGAGUUCACUCCUGAGACCAUGGUAAUUCCACUGCCCUCCAACAUUGGUAUUGAAAGAUGUGCUGAGUGGGGCAUCGACAACCUGGUGCUGCAAGAAAUAUCAUUGAGAGAAGGUCAAGCCAAUGACACAUUGCAUGCUAUCAGGGUUGAUAAGGCUGACAAGGCUGUUCUCUUCUGCACUACAGUUCAGUUGGCAAAGUCACAAGCUUGGGCAUGGGCCCAGGUGCACUUGGUGGACAGGAUCCUACACCUCAAUGUACAGAUCUACUCAAAAUGCUGCAAGCAGCUCAUUCACCUCAGUGCCAAUGACUUAUUGGCCAAGUUUCGGCCAAUAGAGAAGGCUGACCUAAAGGCUACUACAGUGGUGGCAGACCCAAAUGUGUGCAGUCAAAGGAAUAGCACAUUGGCUUGGUUCUGGUCUAUCAAUGUGGAAGGAGAUUCCACCAGCAAUGACUGGAUGAAUGAAUGUAUGCUCAUUGCCUAUGUACCUGUACCUAUCCAGUGCUAA